AUGGCUAAACAGAUCACGCUCUACACCUCUGACUCGCCUGCCAAGCACCUCACCGUCUCCCGCGCCGUUCUUGCAGCGCACUCGACCGUCUUCCGCGACCUCCUCUCGAUCCCGACUUCGGCGCCAGACGUCUCGGACCCGGCUCACAAGGACUGCUCCGUCGCCGUCGCCGAGACUGAAGCCGAGAUCAAGCCGUUCUUGUCGAUCCUGACGGGCGAAUUCGACGAGCCGCUCGAGCUUUCCGAGGAGGAGUGGAAGGACGUUGCGAGGCUGGCGGACAAGUACGAUAGCAAGGUCGUGAGGGGUUUGGUCGAGAACAAAGUGAGGACUUUGACCGACGAUGAGUCGGCAGACUUCGCCCUCAAUCUGGCCUACAACACCCGCGACCGGGCCUUGCUCACCGACGCGGCGUUCCGUGUUCUCCGUCUUGAGGAUGCGAACCUAAAGUUGCUCGUGGAAGAGCGCAAGUCUUUGACUGAGCCGAUCAAGCAGGACCUCGCCAGAUGGAAGCCCAUGUUGCGCGAGCACGCUCGCAAGAUUGGAUAUCACGACGCUCCCGAGUACUGGUCGUCUUGCGGGUCCGGCAGCUGCACCAAGGUACACGCCGAGCUUGCGUGGUAUCGUGGCGUGCACCACGCGCUCGCGGCCGACCCGUCGGCGGAGAAGUCGUUCGCUCCCUUCCGCCGCAAGAUCGAGGAAGCCGCUGGGCAUUGGGAGGUAAGGCUGUGCGCAUCUCACCGAGAGGCGCUUCGCAGGGAAGCGAUGGAUUUCGAGGAGGAGGUUUAUCGCAAGACUGCUCCGCCUUUCCCACGUUGA